CAGUGUCUUUGACGAUGCCGCGCUCGAUAGAUUGAUAGGCGAUGUCUGCUAUUUGAUUUCCCGCGAAAGAACCGCGCCACAGUGAGUGCUCAUAGACUCGAGGGAAACUGCAACCCGAUUUUUGUGAUUUCCGUUUGAGCUUCAGCCUAACAUAAUGGGAAUUCACGGGCUUACUAAACUGAUUGCUGAUCAGGCCCCUGGUGCCAUCAAAGAGCAAGACAUCAAGAACUACUUUGGUAGGAAAAUUGCUAUAGAUGCCUCCAUGUGUAUCUACCAGUUCCUGAUCGCUGUGAGACAGGACGGCAACUUACUGCAGAAUGAGGAUGGCGAGACAACAAGCCACCUGAUGGGAAUGUUCUACCGGACAAUCCGCAUGCUGGAAUAUGGCAUCAAACCUGUAUACGUGUUUGACGGAAAGCCCCCACAGCUCAAGUCAGCAGAGUUGGAAAAGAGAGGGGAGAGGAGGGCAGAAGCAGAGAAGCAGCUUGCUCAAGCUCAGGAAAUGGGGGAGCAAGAGAAUAUCGACAAAUUCAGCAGGCGUCUGGUAAAAGUGACCAAGAAUCAUAAUGACGAGUGCAAGAAGCUGCUAACCCUGAUGGGAGUGCCUUAUGUGGAGGCUCCGUGUGAGGCGGAGGCCAGCUGUGCUGCUCUGGUUAAAGCAGGGAAGGUGUUUGGCACAGCAACAGAGGAUAUGGACGGGCUAACCUUUGGGACAAAUAUCCUGCUCAGACACCUGACCGCCAGUGAAGCAAAGAAACUUCCUAUCCAGGAGUUCCACUUCAGUCGCAUCCUGGCAGACAUCGGCCUCACCAAUGAACAGUUCAUAGACCUGUGUAUCCUGCUGGGCUGUGACUACUGCGGCACCAUCAAGGGCAUUGGUCCCAAGAGGGCCAUCGACCUGAUCAAACAGCACGGCAGCAUUGAGGAGAUCCUGGAAAACAUCGACACCAAGAAGCACCCCCCUCCAGAGGACUGGCUGUACAGAGAGGCCAGAGCUUUGUUUUUAAAUGCAGAAGUGGUGGAUUGUGCCACUGUGGAUCUGAAGUGGGCGGAGCCGGAUGAGGAGGGACUGAUCCACUUCAUGUGUGCUGAGAAACAGUUCAGCGAGGACAGGAUCCGUAACGGCUGUAAGAAGAUCUCCAAGAGCCGACAGGGCAGCACUCAGGGACGCCUGGACUCUUUCUUCAGCGUCACCGGGUCUCUGUCCUCCAAGCGGAAGGAAACUGAGCUUAAAGGAUCUGCAAAGAAGAAGCAGAAGACCGGAGCCACGCCGGGGAAAUUUAAGAAGGGAAGAUAGACUGAGCAUUGGGCUCCUUGUGAUUCCUUUAAUUCAUAUUGUAAUAAAUAUCAUCCUAUCAAAUAAAGAGUGUUAAAACCAACGUAGCUCCAGAUGAGGCAGGAGAAAGCUGCAGGUUAUAAGUUCAGCUAAACAGUUCUGUAUGACCAAACUGGAUUUUGUUGAUGUAAAAAAGUAUGUUUUCCAGUAUUGAAUAAAAGCCUUUUUGUAAAGCA